AUGGCUUCCCUUUGUCGGCCACGUAGACGCCCCACCUCGCUGGAGCAGUUUGUGAAGCGGCUGCAACAAGAACGUCAUGAAGAUGCAUCUCCGACGUUAUUCCCGAUGUACACCUUGCCUAUGGAAGCUUUGUUGCGGAUGACAAAGCUUUCUGUCCACGAAGAGCUCAAGGAGAAGGGCGCCUUGGUCCUCUUCGAGAGGAGCAUGGGGAAGGCCGCGUUCAUCUCGCACCAGUGGGUCGGAGAAAGUCAUCCGGAUCCCGAGUUCCGGCAGAUGUCAGUGCUACAGGACGCUUUGAGGCACAUGAUGGCCGAGAUGCCUCACCUGUAUCAAGAUGCUCACGCCGAGAUGUUUCGAUGUGGGCAUGGAAUGCCUUCUUCUGGGCUGAACUCCGAGCCUCUCUUCUUCUGGUAUGACUACUUCUCCUGCCCGCAGAUGGAAAAGAGCGAUAACUUCCACAAGGCUGUCGACUCAAUCCCGGCAUACGUUGCCAGGUGUGCUUUUUUCUUUGUCCUUGCUCCGGUGAUUGAAAACACAGACCUGGGUGCAGUCUUUACGGAAGUGUCUUGGGCUGAGAGAGGAUGGUGUCUUGUGGAGAGACUUUGCCGAGAGCUUUCGGAAGAGGCGGCGUGUAUCGUGAUCAAAAGCCAGACACAGCUUACGGUCGUUUCGUCUGUCAUGCACUACGGCUCUAUGGCCCGUGGCCCGGGUGAAUGCAAUUUCACGCUGGAGUCUGACAAAAUGAAGUUGGGCCCAGUUAUCCAGAAGGCAUUGCACGAGAAGUUGUUGAUGCUUCUGCGGGCACGUGAUCUAGGUGGUUACCGAGUGCUGUUGAACCUUCAACCAGUUUUGCUCAGAGGAUUCAUGGUGCAGCCCAACUACUGCCUCUUCCAAGACGAAGGGGCUGAACCCAGCAGCUCGGACCCGGCAUCCCAUGCAGUCGCCGAGUUUUUGUUUCAGAAUGGCUUCGAGUCUGUGUCGGACAUCGAUGGCUGUGGAUGGUCGCCUUUGCACUAUGCGGCACUUCGCGGCGAGCCGCUCUUGAUCCAAGGCCUCCUCGAGCAACGCGCUGAUCCGGGCUGCAAGACCCGAAAAGCCAACCCCAACCACGGAACCACCGUGGCCGGAGUUGAACCUCUGGAUAUUUGCCUUUUACAUCGUAACAACGAGGCGGGUCGCCUGCUUAUGCUUGCGAAAGCAUCGCCUCACAGCAGAUGGGCGCUGGCCUCUGCAUGCAUGGGCGACAAUGCGGAGGGCGUUCGAAUGCUCUGCGAGGCUGGCUGCAGCCCACUUGCCAGGGACAGCUUUGGGAACAGCAUGACGAGUAUCGCCUGCAUGUUUGGCUCUUUGGCAGCCUUCGAAGAGCUGGCAAGUCGGAUAGACUCUGAGGCUCUGGACCCAUUGACUCUGUCUUGCGCACUUGAUGACAGCAUGAUCCUCCGAGGGCACGGGGCGCUGGCACAGCGGUUGAUUGAGCUAAGGGCAGAUGUGAACGCACAGAGGCCGGCCGCUCCACCCUUGUCAAGCGGCAUGGGGAUGGCUGUGGGCAUCAUGUCUCUUCUGCAUCGACUCGGCAAAGUCACGCCACUCACGGCUUCGUGUUUCCAUUGGGAGGGCAGGACCCCUCUAAUGUCUGCCAUCAUGGCAGGGCAGCAUGAUGGUGCUGCAGUCCUGAUUGCAGCAAGGGCGCAGCUUGAUCUCCGCACCGCGCGUGGCUGGACCGCCCUCGACUUCGCUCAGGAGCAGUCGCUCCCGGCUUUUCUUCUCCAGGCGCUCCAGAAGGAAGACCGAGAGCCCUGUGAGCUUGUGGCAUCCUUGUUGGAUGGCAGUGGAGGCUAUGUGCAAGAGUAUCUCUGA